CGACAUGUUCCAUUGCGGAUACGACCUUGCGACUUCUUAUCCAGACUCGGGCGGCCGGCCGGCUAGGGUUUCCUUCUCUGCCUCCCCCCCUCAGUUCUCACAGCUUUUCUGGUACUUGCAGAAGACUUACAGCACCAAGAAUGCCUCGCUAUGACGAUCGGUACGGCGGCACACGCCUAUAUGUUGGUCACCUAUCUUCUCGUACUCGUUCACGUGAUCUUGAAGACCUUUUCAGCAGAUAUGGCAGAGUACGAGAUGUGGACAUGAAACAUGACUAUGCUUUCGUUGAAUUUAGCGACCCCCGAGAUGCAGAUGAUGCUAGAUACAGCUUGAAUGGGCGAGAAUUUGAUGGAAGCCGUAUUAUAGUGGAAUUUGCAAAGGGGGUUCCACGUGGUUCUGGUGGUUCACGUGAGUAUCCUGGAAGAGGCCCUCCACCUGGUUCUGGCAGGUGCUUUAACUGUGGCAUAGAUGGCCAUUGGGCUCGAGACUGCAAAGCUGGUGAUUGGAAGAACAAGUGUUAUCGCUGUGGAGAAAGAGGCCAUAUAGAAAGAAACUGCCAUAACAGUCCUAAAAAUCUCAAGCCUGGGAGAAGUUAUUCACGAUCUCCAUCCCCUCGCCGUGGUAGGAGCCGAAGCUACAGCAGAAGCCGUAGUUAUAGCCGAUCAAGGUCUCCUGCUCCAAGAAGAGAUGGACGAAACAGAGAUCGCGGGGACAGAAGGUCCAGAAGCCCUGGAUACGACAGGAGCCCGAGGUCAAGGAGCCCACCUCCAUCCAAGGGGAGGAAGCACAGCCUUUCACCUGACGGUAGCAAGAGCCCGCGUGGGUCUCGGAGCCCCUCGCCUGAGGAGCGUAGGGAUGUUGAGCACAAUGGAUCGGACUACAACAGGAGCCCUGUGAGGGAGAACAGCAGGAGCACAAUGAGCCAGGAUCGUGAAAACUCGCCGGUGGGUGAUAGAUAUCGGAGUCCUGAGCCAAAUGGGAGGAGCCCUAGUCCCAAAGACGACGGAGAUGAUGAUCACCAUGCUUCUCCCAGUGGUAGGGAGUCGCAAGACUGAUCACAGCAUUUAGUAGCGCAGCAGAACUGUGCUAGUAAUUAUUUCCAUAACCAAGAAAAGCUUUGGUGAACCGUUGUCAAUGUUGGGGACAAUUUUUGUUGACUUCUGAACGUUAAAUUUUGUGGUCUGUCUCUACCAA